UUAAGACCAAAACAAUCGUAUCUUGACCGAGAAGAAUACACAUACCCAAUCCAUGACUGUGGAAUACUGCAGGAACUAUUGUGCAAAAUACCAGUUUUACGGUGUAGAGUAUUCCUCUUGGUGUUUCUGCGGAAACUCUUUUACCACAAAUGUUAGGAAACCAGAAGUAGAAUGCAACAUGAAAUGUAGCGGAAAUGACAGACAAAUUUGUGGUGGUGGUUGGAGAAUAAACAUUUAUAGAAAGCCAUACCACAAAGAAUAUCUGGGAUGUUUCCAAGACCAGUACAAUCGAAUCUUGGCCGAGAAGAAUACAAAUACCAAAUCCAUGACUGUGGAAUACUGCAGGAACUUUUGUUCAAAUUACCAGUUUUACGGCGUAGAGUUUUCUUCUUGGUGUUUCUGUGGAAACUCUCUAACCACGAAUGUCAGGAAAUCAGAAGGAGAAUUCAACAUGAAAUGCAGCGGAAAUAACAGGCAAAUUUGUGGUGGGGGUUGGCGAAUAAACAUUUAUAGAAAACCUGACCAGAAAGAAUAUUUGGGAUGUUUUCAAGACCAAAACAAUCGUAUCUUGACAGAGAAGCACACAAAUAUCCAAUCCAUGACUGUGGAAUACUGCAGGAACUAUUGUGCAAAAUACCAGUUUUACGGUGUAGAGUAUUCCUCUUGGUGUUUCUGCGGAAGCUCUCUUAUCACAAAUGUUAGGAAACCAGAAGGAGAAUGCAACAUGAAAUGCAGCGGAAAUAACAGGCAAAUUUGUGGUGGGGGUUGGAGAAUGAAUAUUUAUAGAAAGCCAUACCACAAAGGUGGGUAAACAGAGCAAUCAUGAAAGUAGUCUAGUUUUCAAGCUACAUGAGUUUUCCACCUGGUGUGCUAUACAGCGUUACAUAUAUUGUCUUUAUUGGUCGAAAAAUGAAUUUCCUUAAAUCACUCAUUUU